AUGGCCGUCGACAGUCGACCGACGUGGACGGUCCGCUCGCUGGCCGGCUGUCCGGAGGCGGUGGUGCUCAACGUGGCGCACGCGGCGCGCGCCGCCGCCGAGCUGAUGGGUGCCGGUAUGGUCGUGGCCGACUGGCGGGCGGACGGCGGACUGAGCCACGGCGUGUUCUCGCUGCCGGGCCUGCUGGUGGCCGCCGGCCUGGCCUGGAACCCAGACACGCCCACCGAGUUUGUACACAGCUCGCUGGCCGACCUGCUCAGCUGGCACGUGCUGCGGGAGCCGGAGGGCGUCCUGGGACGCGCCGUCGUCGAGCUGGGGCGCGCCGAGACAUUCUGCCUGAGGGCGGCGCGCGGCCAGGGCCCGACCAGCGCGGCCGACCUGCCGCCGGCCGACGGCAGCACGCUGCACCGCCUGCUGGCAGAUCCCGACACCGUGCCGCUCGAGAGACUCAGUCUGGAGACGGUCAACAAAACGAUGAAGCGCGUUCGUCACUGCCUGAACACGCUGCCGUCGGCGCGGCCGGCGCACCCGGAGGGUGACAGUCUGGUGCGUGAGGUGCAUCUCACCGCCGAGCUGAUGGUCACAGCCGUCAGGAUCUGUCGGGCGCUGGUGUCGGUCGGCACCAACCCGCACAGCAACAUCGGUUUCUCCGUCAUCAACGUGGGCGUGGCCAACCUGGCGCCCACCUUCUGCACGGACACGGCCAACAAGCUGCUGAGCCUGGUGGAACAGUACCGCACGCUCUGGCUGGACCAUCACCAGCCGGCCGGCCUGCAGGCAUCGCUGCUAGUGCUCACCGCCCUGCUGCAGAAGCUCAUCCCCGAGACGGCGCAGACCGGCAGCCUGCAGUAGCGCCUCUUCUGCCACCUGGUGGCAGACUCGAUCGUUGGAGGUUGCCGACGGGAUCACUAGAAAUGGUUGUGAGCGCAGUUCCGUAGCCCUCGAGCGGCCCAUGUUCUCCCAUGGGGCGCUUCGCCACAUUCCACGUCAGUGACGACAUCACCUGGAAUGAACCGCAAAGAUCGCUGGAAUUGGAAUGGAAAGAGUGGAUUGGAUGACGCUAUGGGAGUUGUCAAUGUCGUUCAGUGCCUUUUGUUGUGUCGUCGCCUUUUGCACUAUAUUUUAUAAUCCAGUGUGCGACUUCCUUGCUACCAUUUGCGGGUGGCUGUUAAUGCGUUACUGGGUUCUGCUGUUGGGUGUGUGUGUUAUCAAUGAUGAUGGCAGUCGUUUGGCUAUGGGAGUGCGUGUGGUGCUGGCGAAGUUGUUACCCGCCGUUUGGGGCAGUCUCGAUCGGUGACCCAGGAAUUAGGUGAUUUGCACGAAAUCACUACGGAGGGCGAGCGAGGUUUUACCAACAAAUUUGCAAAGUGCAUUGCGAGCUUGUUGGCCAAGGUGCUCUAUUUGCACACGGUUACGGACUCGGUAUUCCAGCACAGGAUCCAAGCACGCAGCACUGUUGAUGUGGCUUACAUUCCGUCUACCCCAUGCCAGCUUGCGGGCGGUGUCGGCCGGCCCUGGUCGCCCCGCUGUCGGGCCGCUGCUCGGGAAUUCCGGCUCCAUCUGCCUUCGAGUCCCGGCCUGCGGUGGCGGGCUGCGUGAUAUCCGCUGUGGUCUGUGGCGGCUGUGGCCUUACUCCCGGUGGUGGCUCUGUACUGCGCCGUCCGCUGGCUCGCUGGCGUGGUCGGCACCCGUUGUUAUUCACUUCCAAGUGUAAUUGCAGAUUUUUGUUUAUUUAUGCCCGUUGGGAGGUGCGUUAGCCACUGUUAACGCUUAUCACCUGGCUGUCUCUCUCUCCUCAUCUGCCGGUGGCGUUCUGGUUUGUAAUAAACUGUCGUGGGAG